AUGACACUUCAACUCAUUCCGAAUAGUGAUCUCAUUUUUCAAGGUCCUUUUAAUGUUGUUUCAGUAACAACACUCAAACUAUUUAAUAGUGGAAAUGAACGACUUGCUUAUAGAAUAAAAACAACAGCACCCAAACGUUAUUGUGUUAAACCAAAUAUUGGCUUUCUUGAUGCGCAUACUACUGCUAAUAUUCAGUUUAUGUUAGAACCGCAAAAACCCAACCAACCUGAUGAUCGUUUUAGGCAUAAAUUUAUGGCACAAUGGGCUACUGUGCCAAAUGAUCAUACGGAUGAUACAGAUAGUUUUUGGAAGCAAGAUUCUAAAAAUAUUAUUAUUCAAGAUUUAAAAUUUAAAUGUGCCUUUGUUGAUGAACAACAAGCAGCAAUCGUAUCUAAUAAUUCACAUGAACAUCGUCAAUUAGAUGCAAGAAAUAUGGACACAUCAAUAACAACAUCGUCGUUAGUAUGCCCAAUAACGUUUCAACUAUUUCAUGAGCCAGUAGUGGCUGAAGAUGGACACACGUACGAACAAUCGGCUAUAAUUGAAUGGGUCCAGAAAAACCAUACAAGUCCAAUUACCCGUCAGCCACUGAGUAUCGGUAAACUUCGGCCAAACUAUACUAUUAAAAGCAUGGUGCAAGAAUUCGAAACAAAAAUACGCUCGACAAACUAUCGUUUUAAGUUGAAUAGUGAUGUAAAAAAGGGUCGAAAGACAUUAUUUCAAUCUACUGGUAAAGUAAUUUUUGAGGCUAGUUGGUUAACAAAAAUAGAUGGUCCUCCAAUCGUUUUAUUGAAGAUAAGUGGUGUAAAAGCUCAGAAUGAAGCUGUUUUCUACACAGAACUAAGUCGUCAUCCGCAUAUUCUUCGUACAUACGGUAUUAUUGACGAAAUAUCGGUUAGUCCAAAUUCUGUUAUGUUAGUUCAAGAGUAUGCACCUGAAGGAAGUCUAUAUGAAGUACUUGAAGAUGGAGAAUCACCGCCGAAAGAAUCUGUUUUAGGCGAAAUAUCUAUACAAUUAGCUGAUGCUAUGUCGUAUUUGGCUCACAAUAAUAUUAUUCACGGUGAUCUAGCAUGUCGAAAUGUACUUGUUUUUCGUUUUGACAGAUUAAUCCCACAAAAUAAUCUAGUAAAAUUAACAGAUUUUGGACUUAAUCAUGCAAGUUCUACGUACUUAGCUAUGCCAGAAACAUCAUCAAUAUUAAAUGUGAUUCCUUUACGUUACGCGGCGCCAGAAAUACUCAGUAAUGGUAAUUCGAAAGACUCAUAUACUGAAAAGUCAGACAUGUAUUCGAUGGGUGUUCUCAUGUGGGAAGCUUAUUCAAAGGGAGAUAUCCCUUGGUUAAACAUCGAAAAAGAUGAUGAAGUUUGUCGUUUGGUAAUUGCUGGAAAGCAACUCGAACGUCCAACAUCAUGCAGUGUUGAACAUUGGUCCAUUAUUUCCGAAUGCAUGUCACAUCAACCACAAAAUCGGCCGACAUUCAAGAUCUUGAAACAACAGUUGAUCGAAUUACAAUGUCGAAAGUCUUUCGAAAAGAUGGCGCAUAUAAAUCUCCUAAGUCAAACAGUUAAGAAGCUAUCAUCGAAGAUACCAUUAAUGAUUAAGACAUUACUUCGACGCACAGACGGAAGCUUAUAUGAAGGAGAAAUGGUAAACGGCAAUAUACAUGGAAAAGGGAUUCUUAUCAAUGAAGAUGGUGCUCGAUACGAAGGUGAGUUCAGAGAUGGUGAGCCUGUUGGUCAAGGUGUAAUGAACGACAAGAAUGGUACUCAUUUUAACAUAGAAUGGAAAAAUGGCAAAAUGUACGGACGAGGGGUGUCUGUUUUACCGGACGGUGCUAGACUUGAAAUUGGAAUAAACGAGAACGAACCAGACGGACAAGCAGUUAUGACGACCUUAGAUGGAAUGCGAUUCGAAUUUCGGUUUAGUAAUGGUGUACCGACUGGAUCAUUCAUAAUAUCAACAGCUGGUGGAGCUCGUUUAGAAGCUAAAAUUGACGGAAACGAUAUUUCAGAAUGUAUAUUGAAUUUCCCAAAUGGCGAUAGAUAUGAAGGCCAAGUUAAUAAAGAAGACUUCAGCGGAUUAGGAAUUUUCACAACUUGCAAUGGUGAUCGAUAUGAAGGGCAAUUUUAUUGCAGUAAAGCGCAUGGACGUGGUACAGCCGUUUGGAAAAAUGGUAAUAAAUACGUUGGUGAAUUUUCAAAGGGCAAACUAGAAGGAAAGGGCAUUUUCACAUUUCCUAACGGUGUUACAGUCGAGGGUCAAUUUAAAGAAAAUACAUUAACUGGGCGACACUUAAUGUCGCGUGCUGGAUGCGAAUCUCAUGAAGUUGUAGCUACCCAUGAUGCACUUGGUGGAUAUGUUACAUUUAGAUUUCCAGCGAGUGAACCGCUGGAAUCUCUUUUUGAAUUCAAUAGAUACUCCAAGGAAUUUGACUGUUAUUUAUCUUGA